AGGUUAAAACUAACAAGGAAGUUUAAAGCGCAGGACAAAAGCACUUAAAGGUACUUGUGAAUUCGAUAUCUGUGGUUAACAGGAGGUAAUUUCUUUACUGUUUUGAUGCUUUGUUUAAGAUUAGCUGGGUUUUUUACAUCUCAUGUUCUUGGCCAUUUUAAGGCAAUGUAUAGCUAUAUGGCCCGAUCAAGAAAAACUUUUCUGAUCUUUGUAUUUAUUACAACACUUUUCACAGGAUGUUGUGGAACUAUAUCAAGUAUUGCACAGACAAAUUGGACAAAUGCCCAUAUACAAUGCAGGAAGGAAGGGAAUAUGUUACCAAAUCUGGUUGUAAAUACGUUAUUUAAUGAAACGUAUUUUUGGACAGGACAUUAUACUCGCUUAUCAGGAUGGAUAAAAAUAAUUGGUUGUUUCGAAGAAACUGCAGUAAACACGUUGGAACAGAUAUCCUAUGAGAUGCAUUUUCCAUCGGCCGGGCUUUGUCAGGAAGUCUGCCUUGAAUCCAACUACUUUGUGUUUGGUUUACAGCUCAAAAAAUGUGUUUGCCUGGAACAAAUACCUAAACAAAGAAGCAGAGGAGCUAAUGAUUGUUCAUUGUCAUGUUCCAUCAAAGCCAAUCUUAAGUUUAAAAAUGAUUGUGGAGGAAACAACACUUAUAGUCUUUUUAAGUCAGGGUCGGAAAAAGAGACGUCUGCCUUUACACAGAAAAAGUGUUUAUCUAUUCAGUGUCCCGAUAAUGCCAAAGGGUUCAUAGAGGGAGAAUGUAAUGCAUCAUACGCUCAAAUAUGCAAUAAAACGUUAUCGAAGGUAUACAGUGGUUGGCAAUCAUCGUCAUCAGAAUGCAAAUCAAGGCAUAAUUCUUAUCUUCUUGGAGACGUAGAUCUUACUGACCCUGCGCAAGCAUGCAAGUUCAUUGAGGGACAGCCUCUUGGUCAUUCAUGGCUAGGCAUUGCCAGAGAAGUAUACAUUAGCAAUGAAAGAGUGAAGAAUGACAGUGAACAGAUUACAAGAAACCCAUCCAAGUAUGCAAGAGAGUGUUUAAAAUGCAACAGUUCUAACUGUACUUUUGUUGGCUGCAAUGAAAUCAACUACUUUGUGUGUUUGGAGAUGCAAACGACCACUCCUACUACUGCUACAGGCACUUCCACAGGUACUACUUCGCAAGGAACAGUUUCCACUUUUACUACUCCUACAGGUACAGCCACAAGUACUCAUCUGCAUGGAACUGUUUUCACCUCUACUGCUCCUACAGGUAGUACCACAAGUAUUAAUCGCCAUGGAACCGUUUCUACUUCUACUUCUCCUACAGGUACUAAAGCAAGUACUACUCCGCAUGAAACUGUUUCCACUUUUACUACUCCUACAGGAAUAACCAAAAGUACUACACCGCAUGGAACCGAUUUUAUUUCUACUACUCCUACACAUACUAAAACAAGAAAUAGUACUCAGCAUGAAACUGUUUUUGCUUCUACUACGCCUCUAAGUUCUGCCACGCGUACUGUUUCGCAUGGAAUUGUUUCCACUGAGCACGCUAUGUAUGAAGUUUCAGAAGAUGCGACUGGAACAACAAACAACAAGAAGGAGAGUAUGAUGAAGAACCAAGAUGGCAACACAACAGUAAUUAUGGUGGUCGUACCACUAACCGUUAUUGUCGUUCUUGGAUUAAUUGCACUACUUCUUGUCAUCCUUUGGAGAAGACGACCAACUAAAAAAGUUACAGAAAAAAAACAUGCCCAACAUGAGACUAUUUCACCCAACCAUUCCGAGAGAAGUGAUCCAAAUCAAUCUUUAGAAAAUAAUUAUUUUGUAUUGAAUAAAACGGAAAUAUAUUCAGUGGUUAAUUCUACGAAUUCUGCCAAUGAUAAAUCCUGCAGAAACCCUCAUAAGGAAUGUAGUGAUGAUGACUAUGAUCAUCUUGGUGAAAAUGUAAGAGAAGAAGUGGAGGAAGAAGACAGUUAUCACCAUGCAUUCUUUCCUAGCAAUGAAGGCGAAUCAGAUUAUGGUAUCCGAAAUAUGAGUGACCAGUGCCUAAUGGAAAAUCCAUACAGUCACACGAAUACAGGGGACCAUCACGUUACCUUGGAAGACAAUGAAUACAAUACAAUUUCUAUCAAUGCAUAGUGAAUUCUAGAAAAUAUGAAAGCUUACAUAUUUUCUAGAAAUGGUAGUGAUGAAAUAUAAAGUUUCAUAUACACCAAUUUUUUUUAGAUUGUUGUUAAUUUAACUAAAAAAAAGACUAGAACGUAAAAUUUUAUUAUGGUGCACUUGUACAUUUUCCAGCUUAAUGAAGAUUUUUUUUUAAAAUUAGGAUGUAAUUGCAAAUCAUUGAAACACUUUGUUUUCGAGAGGAACUGAUAUGAUUGCUUUAUUCAAAUACUGUAUUAAAUGUUCAAGAUUGAAAGUUCUAACUUAUAUUACUACUACAAUGUAUUUGUUAAAGAUAUAUUCUCUGAAUAACCGAUCUCAAAAGUCUUUCGAUCGUUUAAAAUAUAUACACUGUUCUUUUUCCCAAGAUUUUUAUGAAUUUUUAUUUAUUACUCGAAAUUCAUAAAUACAUUAAUACUAAGGCAAAAAGAAUAUUUAUUCAAAGUUGCCUUUUGAAAUGUCCUCUCUGUCAGGUUUAAGUUUAAGCGCCCGACUAAAGAUAAAUAUAAAUGUUUUCGGGGUUUUUGUAUAGCAAACGACUUUAAAAUACCACAACCGAUAAUGUUGGAAAAUAGUGAAAUUCUAAAUACGUUCCAGUAUUCUCCAUUUCCGUAAGAAAUAUGUUUUCGUUUUAGUAAAUUCCUUUCGGCACAAAAGGGAGAGCAUUUAAAUGUAUUGGUAUUUUCUUUUAAAUCAUUAAAAUGGGAAGAAAACGAUAGCCUGAGGCUGACCAAUAUAGAUAUUGUUAAUUGUAUGCAGAACUUUUCAACAUACUUCAACCUAUGUAAACAAUAAUUGUGGAUUCUAAUUAAAGUCUUAAUUGGACUAUGUGAAAUCUUUUUAUCGUAUUAAAAUGUCGUUUAUGCUUCAAAUUCAUUUUAUAAACAAAAUGACGCCUUUAAUGAGUCAAAUGUUAGCAUUUCUAUGACUUUUUUGUCUUAUCAUAUCCUAUUACAAUGAGCUACGUUCAAUAAUUCCAUUAACGCAAUUAAUAAAAAUUAAAAGUAAGUUUAAAAGAAAGUUAAAAACAUACAUGGCAACAUGUAGUGGACAAUAUUUUCCAGUCAAUAUUACACAGUAAUAUCCAAUUGUUUGCUGUAAUAUAUACAACGAUGUGCUACUAUAAGAAUUUUUAACAUAAACCUAUGCUUUUAUGCUUUUCCAUUGAAUACGUUUGUAUUUAUUCGCAUAAAACCAUCAUUAAUUAAAUAGACAUUUCUUAACGUUUUUAUAUAUUUUCAAACAAUAACCAUCGUUUAUAGAUUGCGUUAUGAACUGCGAUUGCAAAUUGUAAUAUGAUACUGGAAUGUGUUUGGCCUUCCGAAUUCUUUUUUCUUUUUCAUUGUACAUGUAUUAUCAAAAAUGAUAUUUAUUUGACGUUUCAUACUCAUCAAAAUCAAAAUUAAAGUUUUUGGGAGUUGAUUUUAAUGAACUCUCCUAUGCAGUUACCCGGACAAACCGAAAGUGAAACAGUGUUUGGACUUCAGCACAAAUCCUCGCUGCUGACAAGACUGAGUUCUUAAAAAUAAUUGAUAAAUUCGAUGUUAUGUAUGCUAAAGCAUUUUUUUUUCAAGGAAACUUAUUUAUAAAUACCUUGAAAAUAGUCAGAUUUUUAAAUGGUACGAACAAUUUAGAUAUUUUUUGUAGUCGCAUGUAUUCCUACGCCAGAGUUCAAUAUAGUCUCGUUCAACUUGACGCUCGGCUGUCUCCGUAAAUCUCAAACAAGCAGAGAGUCUCUCUUGCUUGUCGGAGAUUAACGGUGUUAGCUGAGCGGUUUGGUUAACAUGAUUCAUAUGGGGGUUUCUCGACAUUCUUGUCCAAAAACUCCAAAAAUUCAUAUUAUAAAAAUGUGCGUAAUUCAAAUACAAAUUAGAAACUACAUAUAUUUGUCAUGCAAAAUAACAUAUCAUUGAUUUUAAAAUAAAUAAAC